AUGUCAGGUUAGUUUUUAGAAUCAUACGAUUUUUGCGUGAUGACUAAUUGCUCGAAAUUUCCACAGAUUCACGAUUUAUUGAUGGAUAUUUCGGAUGACUCAUGAGAGUUUUUUAAUCAAAAUAAAAUCCGAAAUCGAAAUUUUUUGCACUUUUCAUUAGAAGCCUAUUAAAACAGCAGAUAUUUUCUGUGCUGCUUCAUAAGUGCCGGGUGCAGAAAAUAGACUCUUUUUGAAAUGUUCUGACUCAACUCUCCAGUUCAUAACUUCCGCAGUUGGUCUGAUGAUGGAUUCUGUUUUAUCCCUUUUGAGGAACAUACGCACGUCGGUACAUUGUGGGAUACUUUUAUUAUAUCAACGUAAAAAACAUAAAAGGCCACCCAGCAACGGGUCUCAAAGCUUUUUCCUUCACACGAGAGUAUUCGAGACAAAACGCACACGGAGGGCGUUUUAUAUCCAACCUCAAGCCGCUUAUUUUGCAUAUCUUUCUAAAAAGCUACAUUUUUUCUGGUAUCCUUGUGUUAUGCCCAAUGUUUAUACGUCACCUAACUCCAACACCUGGCAACUAUAAUUUCUGUGCUUUUGUUUAUUCAAAAUGCCUCGCUAGAAAAUGAGUCUCACCUCUCAAUUGGUCUUUUUUGCUGUUCCAGGCUAAACUUUUACUCUUCCAAACGUUUUACCAGCUUUAGAAGUUGAUGCAUGUGUUUGAAAAAAAAGGAGAUUAGUAAGAAAGUUCAAAUCGUUUGAAACUUGAAUUUUUUGAUAAGUUGCACUGGGGCUCAAUUAUAAAACCUAGUGCUAAUAGUGACGAGUCUUGUUAUUUUUAUCAAUUUUAUUGAAAAGCGCUUAUUUUCAACUUUUGAAUGAGGUCGUACAAGGUUUCAAAAUGAGCUAUUUAUGAGCAUCAUUAAAUUCAUUUUUCCUUGGUUUUUGACUCGAAAAAUUUCUUCCGUUCUUUUUAUUCAUCGCUUUGUGUUAAAAGCUUUUGAAGUUUAGACACCCUGUUUUCAAUAAACUUCUAGAAUGGAAAAACGAGAAUCGGUAGCACAGAAUUUAUGAUUCGUAGCUGAAGUCAACGAAUUUUGAUAAAUCAGGUCAGGUCUUGUCCUAAUAAAUGAAUUCGCUUGAAAAGAAAACUUUUCUCGCAGAGGUGCAUUUUAUAGUUUAGAAACGCGAACAAUAAACAGCCUAAUGGCUUCGAAAAAGCAAAAUCAAGUGAAGUUAGUUUAUUUAUUUUUUUACAGUACCCACAAUUUUCCUCUAUUCGUUCAAAUUUUUCUUUCAGAUUGUGAUAUGUCGAAGUCGACGUUCAUUUGUCAAAUCGAAAACGUUUUGUACGACCCGACUCCUGGAAACGACAACGUUGCCAUUGCUGGAAGUGUAGAGGCCGUGGAGAGGUUUAAUCCCAAGACAAAAAAAUCGGAUGGUAAACAUCCCAGAUUUCAGGCUUCAAAAAAGUUCGAACGUUUAUUUUCUCAGCUACAGCUAUUUGAAAAAUCCGUCCGACCUCGCUGACAAACUCAAUUCACUUGGCUUCACGUAUGAAAUUUUUUUUGAGCUAUAAAUGAAACAGAGAGAAAAUCGUAGUGAAGUAUGUUAUGUUCAAUUUAAUUGUAAGUUUGAACUUUUCUUCUAUAGUUUUAUGAACUUCUUUUGAGUAAUAUUCAUACAAUUCAUACCUCUGAAAAGUUAGCGAUCAAAAUAUUUAAGUGGUAAACUGAUUUUAUUUUUUCGAUUUUUUACACAAAGCUAUGAAGAACUUGAAUUUUAGGAACAGUUGCUAAAAAUCCUUCAAAAUUCCUUAUACUGCGGUUAUUUUUGUGGUCAUUAUCCAAAGACGAUAUUACGGUUUCCUUUUAUUUACAAGAUGAGAAUGUUUCAGAGUGACUACGGAACGCGUCUUCACUUCGGUGACUCUUGCAAAAGCUCUGGUGAUGCAUCAUAGCUCCCGCGCGUUCGUUUCUCUCCCUGAAGGUUUGCGGUCCACACAUUUUUUUAUAAGUCGAAUUUCCUAACAUUCUUUUUUUGAGUCUUGCUCCAGAUCUUGAGAAGAUCAAGAAAUUUUUCUUUUUUGAACGUCCAAAAUGUUCCAAAAAACAAUGCAACAUUUGUAGAUAAAUGCAAAGGUACUAAGUAGCUUGCAAUCAAGAUUUUUUUUUUUCAUUAACUGUUUGAAACCAUAUCUUUCACAAAUUCCAAAAGAAGAAACAGCCAAAAAACAACUUCAUAUCGCACAAUAUCAAAAACCGCCAAGGUCAUACUUUUUGAAUAAUUGGAGAUCGUUUUUUGAAUUGUUCAACGAGUGUGUUCCGUGUUUGUUAGCGCAGUGAUUUCACGGAUCGCAAAUUUUUAUGUGGGAGAACCAAGUAUUAGUUAGGAUGACCAGAAAAAGUUUGAAUAGCUACAGAAUCUAUAAAACUCUGACUGUGUGAAGUGUUUUGAGAGAAAGUUCCAUCUCUAAUAGACGUUCCAAAAUACUUUUUUGAUUUAAUUGGUUAAUCAGUUCCAAAUGGAAGGCUGAGGAGGAACUACUCUAAGAAAACAUUUUACUUACAAAAUCCCAGUUGCAUCAAGAAUAAAAACAAAGGUGGUAUGAUAAUUAGAAGACUGCUCAAAAAAAUAUUUGACUUUUUUUCCGUAGAAAGGUUUUGUCAGAAAAAUUUUUCUUUUUUAUGCACUAAUUAUUUUUCUACGACUUCGAGGGUUUUUUAACUGUCAGUUCAUAAGACCCUCAAAUAAUCUGAAGCGUUAUACCAUUUUUUUAUCUUUUUUUCCGGGGGUUUCAUUAAUUUUUUUCUUUACGACUUCGCAAUUUAUGCCCAUAGAGAUUUCCUAGAUAGCGCAGACUUUUUUUUAAAAAAGUAGCGCUUUCGACUUCUCAAAACGCAUUGAAAAAACAUCAAAACUAGAAAAAAAAUAUUUUUUAAACUGUAGCGCUCCAUUGACUUUACAGCAAUGUUCUUUUUUCUUACAGAAAGUCGUUGGAUUUUCACUGACGCCGAAGACCUCGGGGCUCCGAUUCGCAAUAAACAAUCUUUGAACUUCGUAGUCAUCGGAAUCCCUCCAGAAAGAAUGACGAUUCAAAUUCUCAACUGCGCGACCAACGCUCUUCUCACUCACCCAAUGUCCUACCUCAUUGUUUUCGAUAACAAGUGAGUUUUUUUUUAUUACGAUCGAAGAGAAAAAAUGCAAGAUUCGUACUCUAUCUAUAGCCCUUUUUCUGAGAAUUCACUCUUUUUCACAAAUAAAAAAACAAUCGGAAAAUCCGACGAGACUUGAAUUUUUAAAGGAAAGUGUGACUCCAGUGAUUAAUAAAUGUGUUGCAGAUGAAAUUAAAACUCUUUAUUUAUUUCUUUUCGUGUUUAAAUGAACGGGAAACGCUUGUUUUUGUUACAGUUGGAAACUUUAUCCCGGAUCUCAAGAAAUUCAUCGAAAUGCUCAGAACUGUUAUAGAUAAAUAGUAUUCCAGAAACUGACCCUUAAAUGAAACUCUCCAUUCUUUUUCAUUCUUCAUUCGGUAAAAUAUUCGCACAGUGGUAGUAUCAAGAAAAGCUUUUUCUGAAACACAAAACAAGAUUCAAAAAAAAAAAAAUCAAAAAAUUGCGCCUUCAAUUAGAGGGAAAAUUUUCAAAUCAACUUUUUAUAUCUUUUUUGAAACUAGAUCUACAGGGUUAUCGUCACUGUGGAUGGAGAGGAACAACGCGGAAUGGGCUGGUACGGCAAGACGAUCUCCGCAAUGUGCGGCCGUGGAACAAUCAUUCUCAACGAGAACAGUUCUCUGUGCUUCUAUGCUCUGAAGGCGCAUCUCCGCUUGGACCCAGAUACGGUCAGUUGGAUUAAAAGACAAGUUUUCAAUACUUCCGAAUUUAAAAACUGGGGUUUUCGAAACAUUUCUAGAGCUGUUCACUUUCAUGCGCUCUAAUUCAGAACAUCGUCUCUUUUUCUUUUUUUUGCUCCAUUGGCUGAGUCGUGAUCAACAUGAUUUUAUAAUCGACGAAAUUUGCUCAACGGUAAAAACGUCGAUUUUUUGGUCUAGGAAAAAUAAUGAGAGAAUAUAUAAAAUUUCACAGAAAAGUGCAAAAAAAUUACAGUUCCGCCAGAAACGAUACGAAAAAAGUUUUUUCAAACGCAAGUUUCUUGUAUGAAGUUUAAUGUUUUUGGAACUUUUUGGAGCUGUGUUGACUGUUAUUUGUAACACUCUGGUGGACUUUCAGAUCGCAGAAAAAAAAACGCAGAUCAAGAAUGUUUCCAAAGUUUUUCCAAACGAGGAAGUCGUAAGAAAACUUUUUUUUUCGUUUCUUAUCUCACGGUACUGUAAAUCCCAUCAACUAUAAUUCAGUGUUAUCUGAGCAGAAACAACAAAUCGUAUCCCAAAAAAAAAAUUCAAGCAUUUCCAAAACUGCAUAGAAAACUCAACUUUCAGACUUGCUUCGUUGGAACCAAGGAAAAACCAGCUUUGGACAGCCUUCUGAGCGUCGCUCUUAUCAGCAACACUUCGUGAGGAACUUUGGUUUCUUUGUGGAAGUAAAUUGAGUAAUUUCUCGCAGGAAACUUCCGGAGUCGAGCCACUUGAUUGUAGAGGAAUCGCUGGGCAGCGCUGUUAACCGCAUUUUCACCUCACUUGACCGCGUUUAA